UUUUUCAUUUUACGAUUUUUCCAAGCAAUCAAAUGCAUGGUUCUUGAAUCUUUUGUUUUUUUUCGCUGAAGCUGCAGAAAGGUAAUCCAACUUUAAAAACGAUCCGGCUGGCCGAACACGCAAUAUUAGGGUCCGUUUUCUUGCUAAAUUAGUUAAUAUUGAGGACAAAAAUGGAGGAGGAUUGGGAUCUCGAUCUGAACGAUCGCGGAAAUAAUGGUGACCACAGUUCUUUCCGAAGAGGAGGAGGAGGUGGUGAUAGCGGGGGCGGCGGUUUCAGCGGUAGCGGAAAAACGAACAAGGAGAGGACCUCGUUUGAAAUUUUUUCCCGUAACAUUCCGCGGAUUAUUGGCCGACAGGGGGUCGUCAUUAAAAAGAUUCGCUUUGAUUCUCGAGCGGAAGUCGAAAUAGAUGAAUCAACACCCGGCAAUGGACGUAGCACCAUUCGGCUAGCGGGUUCAUCCAACGACAUCAGUAAAGCCCGGGAUGCCAUUUUCGAGAUUUUGAAUAAAACUGGAGAAGGUGGUGGCGGGGGCGGUGGUGCCUAUGGAAACCGGGAUGAUGGAGCUAGACGCGAUGGGGGAGGAGGUGGCUACGGAAGAAGAGAUGAGGGGGCUAAACGCGAUGGAGGAGGUGGAGGCUAUGGAAGCCGAGAUGAUGGAUCUAGACGCGAUGGAGGAUCUAGGAGCUAUGGAAACCGAGAUGAUGGUGCUAGACGUGACGGAGGAGGGGGCGCUGGUCGUGGACGAGGUCGUGAUCGCGAUGCUGGUGAUCGACCUUUCGAGAACCGUUUCAAUGGACGGAGUGGCGAUGGUGGAGGUCGUCGCGAUUUUGGUGAGCGACCCUUCGAAAAUCGUUCCAACGGGCAGGGCGAUAGGCGUGACGGAGGUCGUCCUCGUGAGAAAAACUCUUUCAAUUUCGAUUUUGGACCAAAAGGAACUCAUCAUAAUUUGGCAGAAGACAAAGGACGCGACAAGAGUCCAGGUUUGAUUGAUUGGGAUGCACUGAAUAAGCAGUGUGACGAGGCUAGCAGGGAACAGUGGGCCAAAUGUCCUCCUCUGGUGAAAAACUUUUACAAGGAACUACCGGUUGUGGCCAACAUGAGCCCAGAUGAGGUAAACGAAUUUCGUAAGAAUAAUAAUAACAUCGUCGUCGAUCGUACCUUUAAAGAUCCUGAAAAACCAUCAGCUCCUAUACCAAAUCCUGUGCAAAGCUUCGAGGAAGCUUUCUACGAGUAUCCAGAUAUGUUGGCUGAACUAGCGAAGCAGAAAUUUGUAAAACCUUCGCCAAUUCAGUCGCAGGCGUGGCCGGUACUUCUCAAGGGUGAGGAUCUAAUCGGUAUCGCUCAAACGGGUACUGGAAAAACGUUGGCUUUUCUGCUACCCGCAUUUAUCCACAUUGAAGGACAGCCGGUGCCACGUGGCGAACGAGGUGGUCCCAAUGUUCUAGUGAUGGCACCUACCCGCGAAUUGGCCCUGCAGAUCGAAAAAGAAGUUUUCAAAUAUCAGUUCCGUGGAAUCCGAGCGAUUUGUUUGUACGGUGGCGGUGAUCGAAAGCUUCAGAUCAACAAGGUGGAAGCGGGAGUGGAGAUCAUCAUUGCUACGCCCGGUCGUUUGAACGAUUUGGUCAGUGCCAAUGUACUUGAUAUUACCAGCAUAACCUAUCUCGUGCUGGACGAAGCGGAUCGAAUGUUGGAUAUGGGGUUUGAACCCCAAAUACGGAAACUAUUGCUAGAUAUCCGUCCGGAUCGGCAAACUAUCAUGACAAGUGCGACGUGGCCGCCUGGAGUCCGACGGUUGGCUCAAAGCUACAUGAACAACCCAAUUCAGGUGUAUGUGGGAACGUUAGAUCUGGCCGCGACGCAUUCCGUCACGCAGCACAUCGAAAUGAUUGACGAAGAAGAUAAGUAUAUGCGGGUUCUGAAUUUCGUUAAAAACAUGGAACGGACAGACAAAGCGAUUAUAUUUUGCGGUAGGAAAACUCGUGCUGACGAUCUGUCCAGUGAGUUUGUUCUGUCUGGAAUCAACUGCCAGAGUAUUCAUGGUGAUCGGGAUCAGGCGGAUCGUGAGCAGGCACUGGAGGAUAUCAAAUCAGGCGAUGUGCGUGUCCUUAUUGCAACAGACGUGGCUUCGCGUGGACUUGAUAUUGAGGACAUAACGCAUGUUGUGAACUAUGAUUUCCCUCGGAAUAUCGAGGAGUACGUGCAUCGAGUGGGACGAACGGGUCGGGCUGGAAAAAGUGGAAUAGCGCUGAGUUUCUUCACUCGGUCGGAUUGGGCUAUAGCGUCCGAAUUGAUUAAUAUAUUGGAGGAAGCCGAUCAGGAUGUUCCGGACGAAAUUCGCAAGAUGGCUGAACGGUUUGCUGCUAAAAAGGAGAGGGAGUCGAGAGAGAAGGCAGCAUUUGGCGGUGGACGUCGUGAAGGUGGUCGAGGAGGUGGUGGCGGGGGAGGAGGUGGAAGAAGCGGUGGUCGAUGGUAAUAGCGGGCAAACAGUAUGAUACUACUGUUGUGUGGGAAUUUAGGCUACUGUUACGUAAUUUUCGGCGUUCGAGUCGAAUAUUCUUUUUUUUUUUGCGGUAGGCAAAUUCUAAAACUUCCUUGCAGAAUCUUAUUUUAUGAAACAAGAAAUAAGAUUAUUUCUGCUCGCUUUCUGAAUAUCUGAUCGUUCUUUUGAUAAGAUGACUGAAUAUGUUAUAUUUUCCUCUUUGUUUAUCGUCUGGUAAUCGCUCGAUUAACAGUAUUUUAUACUGAAGCUCGUUCCAUUCCCAAUGUACAAUAUAUGAUCCGAUCGAAUUAGUCGUAUGACUGUUCGAUCAGUAGCGGAAUCGAAGCUAUAGUUAGAAGUAUGUACAAUGGAAAGGUAUUUGUAGAAUAAAAUGAAUGUAAUUUUCGUUCAGAAGACAGUUGAAUUCAAGAAGAAAUUGAAUACUUUAUCAUUUUAUAGUAAUAAAACGCGUUAUAACCUAUGUUUAUAAU